AGCUGACAGGUUUGUUUUGCUUGCUCGAGCUCGUCCUGAUAACAACACAGCAAGAGGAAGGAAGCGACGACAUUAAACCAUCUCUAAACUAGAGUCCUUUAGUUUCACCAUUAAGCUACCAGCACAGUUCACCGCGGAGAGUUUUAUACUUCGUGUUUAGCUUUUAUAUUUUUGUUUUGAUACUGCUGCUACCUCCGUUUCCAUCUACUGCCAACUGGUUGACUUUGACGCAAUAUGCCUUCUGAAAAAACCUUCAAACAAAGAAGGACAUUCGAACAGAGAGUAGAAGAUGUCAGACUGAUCCGAGAGCAGCACCCCAACAAGAUACCAGUGAUCAUUGAGAGGUAUAAAGGAGAAAAACAGCUCCCCAUCCUGGACAAGACCAAGUUCCUGGUGCCAGACCACGUCAACAUGAGUGAACUCAUCAAGAUUAUCAGGAGGCGCCUCCAGCUGAACUCCAACCAGGCUUUCUUCCUGCUGGCUAACGGCCACAGCAUGGUCUCUGUGUCGGCAGCCAUCUCUGAGGUCUAUGAGCGUGAGCGGGACCAAGAUGGCUUCCUCUACAUGGUGUACGCCUCCCAGGAGACCUUUGGCACUGCCACCAUUGCCCAGUGAACGGCUUCCUUCUUCUUCCACCUGGCAGGCCAUCGGACAAUUGUAGUUCUUAGCCCCCUCCGUGUUUAUGCCACACACCUUUAGUCUUGCCUGUAAGAACUAAAACACAAACCGCUAAAUUUAAACACAUCGUACGAUAAUAUCCCAGUUUGAUUUGGUUCGGGUUGUGAUCUCUAUAUCAGUGCUGCGAUGAGCAAAUAGACUGCAACCCUGAAGCAUAAAGCCACAAGGGUUAACCAGAACAGCAGAGUUUGAGUAGAGAAAUCCCCAAAUCUGACUAUGACUCAGGCCAAUAGAGUCUUUUAGUGCGUCUCUGCUUCUUCAUCGUCCUCUCUGGUGAAUCAUGUCCGCUGUCAUGGCAACGUACCGCCUGUUAUUUUCAGUGUUGUGGUUACGCGUGUCCUCAGCUGUAUUCAUGUUAAUGUAUAUAUACAUUUCAGGUAGUAAUAUAACAUAAAAGUGGUGACGCUCCACCACUUAUCAAUAUAUACAUUAGCCAAUGAACAAAGCCAACUUCUUUUAAGGUUUUUGGAGACGGGCACUAGAGAAAGUUGAGGGUUUCUGGUUCAAAUGUUGUUUUUAGUGGAGCAUUUUGUUGCAAAGGGGAAAGUUGUAGAUUUGUAGUCUCGGUCAGAGUACUUCUGCCAGAGAAAAUUGCAAAAUGAAGUAGAGAAGAUAUUUGUUAAUCGAAUCUGCCGUGUGUGACGUUCCCUCAGCGGUCCUUCUUUGGUGUUUUUAUCCCUCCCUGCCUUGUAUCCUAAAACGUCUUCACUGUAACAGAAAUAUGUUGGGGAACUGCUUUUGCUCUUGAAAUGGAUGAUUGUAGUUUGCAACAAAAAUUGCCUUGGUGUACAGAUAAUAUUGACUUUGAAUAUAAAAGGGGUUCCAAUGAGAGUGUAACCAAGUAACCACUUUGGACACUACAAGGAGCAUGGUCUGAUUGCAUGUGUGAAUGGAGGAUCAUGGUGUUGCUGUAAAUGCUGAUGAAGGGAGGGGGUUGCCAGUUUCACUUCCUUUUUUUAUCUCCUUUGUCACGAGUAUUUAUUAAGGUGAUCAAGGAAGGAAAUAAGAAACAAAGUGAAACACUACACGUCGGUGUUCUGCCUUUGACCUACAGGCCUGAUUUCCCAGAGCUGUCACUGUUGUUCUGUUUCACUUCACUGAAAUUCAACAAGCACUUUCACUGUGGGGAACGUACACCUGCCCAGUGGGUUUCUAAGGGCUGCAAAACAUUUGAAUAUCCUGUCUGUCUAUAGAUAAUCCUUCACUGUCUGUGCUGUGCUUCUCCUCCUCCUCACCAUCUUCUUAAUAGAUCGAGGUUUAGCUGCUUUUAUAUUGCAGUAUUUUAUCAUUUUGGUUCUUUUUAUUUGAUGUGAUUUUUAUUUCAUUGUACGACAUGUCUUUACUCUUCGCUGUCUACAUUAUGUGAAGUACAAAGCCACCGUGUGUUUGUUACAGAGGGGUGGAGCGUUUGUUUCGGUGGUCUUUUCUGCCUGCCCCUCUGUUUCACACACACAUAUCCACACACAGCAAUAUCACACAGCCCCCUCUUACGUAUUUAUGUUGGUAUUUUGUAAACAAUAAAAUGAGAAAAAAAAGAUAAA